AAAAAUCCCAAUUUGAAGUGGGAUGAUUUUUGAAGUACUUGAGAGGUUCGCGAUCGAGGGUUUUUUUAAACCAAACUUCCUUUCUCUUCCGACCUCUCAAAACCUCCUUUAACACAUAGUGUUCGAAGUCCCUCCUCAGUCCUUUCUAACCGAUUAACGCUGUCCCUUUCAAUGUCCGAAGCGAAUCCACAAAGCAAUCUCCAGUUUUAGUGUUAUGUUUUUGGAUUAGAUUAGGUCAGAUAUUGAAGGAAGCUUUUCAUUGGAAUGGAUCCUCAGGGGCAGAUGCAGAGGCAGAGAAGCUGAUUACUCUUUCAUUCCUUGUGUUAAUCACAUCCUUUUACUUUUAUUCAUUGAAACUAAAAAAAAUGCUAUAUAAUUGCAUUCCUUACUCCAAAUUCCCAAAGCUUGUAGCCAAUAUUCCUUUCUUUUACUUUGUUCAUACUGCCAAAAAGCAUUACCGCACCACCCCAUUUCCCUAUAUUCAUAUGUUUCUUUCACUUUUUUCUUCAACAAAUCAUGGUCCUCAUUCUUAUUUUGAUUCUGAUUCUUCAACUGCUAAUUUCACUUCCCAUCCUGUUGAAACUGAGAAUUCUUAUGAUGCAAAUGACGGGUUCGGCAAAAUGGGUUUUAAUUUUAGCAAUGCUCACUGUCAAGCUUAUUCUGAUGGUUUUAGUGAUGAGGUUGAAGAAUCUGAUGAAGAACGCGGCCAAGGUAACAGUUCAUUUACUGAUAGGAAUCAAGGCACCAAAAUGGAUGAGGAUUGGAGGAGAAUUGAUAUACACGAAGUUGAAUUUCGACAUCCUUUGGUCAGAGAAAUUUGUAGGUUGAUUGAAUGCAGGUCGGCCUGGAACCAUAAGCUUGAAGGGAAAAUGAGGCACUUGCUAAGAGGCCUCAAGCCUCGACUUGUUUGUGCUGUUUUGCUGUCUCAAUCUGAUGAAAGGGUUGCUUUGGAUUUCUUCUUUUGGUCCGACAGACAAUGGCGGUAUCGGCAUGACCCAAUUGUGUACUGUGUGAUGCUUGAUGUUCUUAGCAAAACUAAACUGUGUCAAGGUGCUAGGAGGGUUCUUCGGCUCAUGGCACGUAGGGGAAUUCAGCGUACGCCUCAAGAUUUUUGUUGUGUGAUGGUGUCUUAUAGUCGGGCUGGUAAGUUGAGGAAUGUAAUGCAGGUCUUGACCAUGAUGCAGAAAGCAGGUAUUGAACCUAAUUUGUUGGUUUGUAACACUGCUAUACAUGUUUUGGUGAUGGCAAAUAGGUUGGAAAAGGCUUUGAGAUUUCUAGAGAGAAUGCAACUUCUUGGAAUCAUGCCAAAUGUUGUCACUUAUAACUGUUUGAUCAAGGGAUAUUGUGAUCUUCAUAGGGUUGAAGAUGCCAUGGAGCUAAUUUCUGAAAUGCCAUUGAAAGGAUGCUUCCCAGAUAAAGUUAGUUACUAUACUGUAAUGGGCUUCCUUUGCAAGAACAGAAGGAUCAGAGAAGUGAGGGACGUACUAGAGAAAAUGGAGGAUACUAAGUUGUUAGCGGAUCAGGUUACUUAUAAUACAUUAAUACAUAUGCUUUCUAAGCAUCAGCAUGCAGAUGAGGCACUUCAGUUUUUAAGAGAAGCACAAAAAAGGGGUUUUCAGGUUGAUAAGGUUGGGUAUAGUGCGAUAGUUGAUUCAUAUUGUAAGGAGGGAAGGAUGGACCACGCGAAAGAAAUUGUAAAUGAAAUGUUCACAAGGGGCUGCAUCCCUGAUGUUGUGACUUACACAGCCAUUAUUAAUGGAUUUUCUCAGGCUGGGGAGGUUGGUCAAGCUAGGAAGAUGCUUCAGCAAAUGUACAAGCAUGGCUGCAAACCAAACACUGUAUCAUAUACAGCCUUCUUAAAAGGGCUUUGUCAAAAGGGGAACUCAUCAGAGGCAAGGGAGAUGAUGAAAGCGAGUGAGGAACAGUGGUGGACCCCAAAUGCUAUUACCUAUAGUGUUGUGAUGCAUGGAUUUCGGAGAGAAGGAAAGCUGUCUGAUGCUUGUGAUGUGGUGAGGGAGAUGAUUGGCAAGGGCUUUUUCCCAACUCCAGUUGAAAUUAACUUGCUAAUUCAGUCUCUCUGCCGGAUCGGCAGGGUGGACGAGGCAAAAAAGUUUAUGGAGGAGUGUCUUAACAUGGGGUGUGCUGUCAAUGCUGUAAACUUUACUACUGUAAUUCACAGAUUUUGUCAGCAGGAUGACAUAGAAGCAGCUUUAUCUUUGCUUGAUGACAUGUAUCUAAGCAACAAACACCCUGAUGCAGUCACUUAUACGACGAUAAUUGAUGCAUUAGGAAAGAAAGGUAGAAUAGAAGAGGCCACUGAGCUUACGUUGAAGAUGCUGAAGAAGGGUAUAGAUCCUACGCCAGUAACGUAUAGAACAGUGAUACAUCGAUAUGGUCAAAUAGGUAGGGUGGAAGAUUUAUUAAAUUUAUUAGAUAAAAUGCUUACAAGGCAAGAUUGUAGAACUGCAUUUAAUCAAGUUAUUGAGAAGCUAUGUACUUUUGGAAACCUAGAGGCGGCUGAUAAACUCUUAGGUAAGGUUUUGAGAACAGCCUCAAGAAUUGAUGCUAACACAUGCCAUGUGCUCAUGGAGAGUUAUUUGAGAAAAGGGAUCCCUCUGUCAGCAUAUAAAGUGGCUUGUCGUAUGUUUAGUCGAGGUCUGAUUCCUGAUUUAAAGUUGUGUGAGAAGGUGUGCAAGAAACUAAUGCAGGAAGGAAAGUCAGAGGAAGCAGACAAUCUGUUAUUACGGUUUGUUGAGCGUGGGAAUAUUUCAUCGCAUUGUCUACAGCAUUCUCAAACCGAGUGAGCAUCAAUUUUCGCUUGAGAUUAAUUGUGUCUUGUUUCUGUGGCAAUUGGAAGUCUGGUUUCUAAAAUGUUAAAUACCUUUCCAUUCUUUUCUUAUUUGUUAAGUAUUCUCUUCUUCCUCUCUAUGAGAUUUGGAGAAUAUGUGCAUAUGUUAGAAUAUAUCUUUUC